GCGCGCGCAAAAGGAGAAUAAUGCCGAGUUUUGCGUAAAGAAUUCCAAAGAAUGAUCAAAAUCGACGCAGGUGGAAUGUGCUGGGAACUUACAGAACUGAAGCAAACAGUGAACGGUUGUACUUUUCCAAGUGGUCAUAGAAAACUCGUCAAUUUGUAUAAUGUAAAAAAAGUCUGUCGUUUUGACGAAGGACCUGUAUGUCGUCAGAAUAGGUUUAUAAAAGCUAAAAAGGACCGAUGUCCGCGGAUCCAGAUCAAGUUACUCCGAAUGAAGGGGGGUUUGCCGAUGUGCCACCAGGCCAAGCAUCGGAAGAGGGGAGCGGGGCUAGCUCGCCUGCCGAGCCGAUUGAGAGCUACGGGGAGGAAGGGCCGGAAGAAAUGAAGGCUGAAAUUAGAUAUCUGCAGCAGAAGUUAGAGGACGUGCAGGGGGAAUCGUCUUUGCUGAAGGAAUGGGGAGCCAGGAUUGCCAUGUACGUGGACUGUCUUGUAGACGCCUUGGAAACGAACCAAAUCACUCACGUUUACGAUGUGGAUGGGUCGCUGGUGUCUCUAGAUGAAUGCAGACAGAAGGCAAAGACACUUCCUCACACGAGGAAACCACACUGUGACGACGAUCUCCGGACCAAACAGUAUGAGGCUGAGAUCGACAACCUUCGCCAGGAGAUCGCUGAUCUCAACACCAGCAUUGAAGAAACGCUGCAGAGGAGCGUGGAACAAGACUACCUCAUCGAGCAGCUGCAAACGGCCGAGUACCAGGCCAACUGCCGCUGGGAGGCUUACUACGAGAACGCCAUGCGGCAGUGGAGCAAGUGCUACGAGAACCUCCAGGGCCAGUACAACGACGCAGUGAUCCGGCUGCAGAACCUCAACACGGCCUACAACAGCCUGAAGAAAACCGCAGCGGGAAGGAACCAGCUGGGACCGUUCAACCGCCCCGACCCCUUCCGGAGGCACAGACCCGCCGCGGUGCGUCGCGACGUUGGCUCGGCCGGACCGGGUCAGCAUCAGCAACGCCGCCCGCCGGCGGCGUCCGGGGAGAGGAUGACGCGCAGCGCGUACCAGGGUCGUGACUACUGGGGCCGCAACGACUUCGGCCCGGUGCUGCCCAGGGCCGAGCGCGCGGCCAUCCUGAAGCAGUUCUUUGCCAAUCUGAAUAUGAUCCGGCGGCGGCAGGAGGAAAUGGCUGGCGUGCGCUGGCUGAACCGGCGACACGAACCCCGCCGCCGACAGCGCCCUGGACCGUACGGAGAGGCUAACUAAUGGCAUAACAUCUGUAGUUAAUAAGGCUGCAUCCGAAUCUGUUGUCAAGAGCUAGGUCUAAGUCUUCGCACCAUUGGACAUGUGGGGAGACGCGCAGGCAACAGACCUAGCCGUAGCUCUGAAAGCCCGUUCCGGACAUGGCCAUAUGAUUACCAAAAGUGAAGAGACGUCAUUACAGCGGUGGCACCACGUUUACGCGCACGCGCAUUUUAGCAAGUCACAGAACCCUGUACGUGUAGAGAUUUUUCACUUGACGUAACAUGACGGGCAAAGGCCUUUCUGGAACGGUACCGUGUCCGUAGAGGCGCGUGCAUUUUCCAAUCUGCGUAGGCCUGUUUCUGUUAACAGUUUCAUGUACGUCAGAAUGUUGAAAGACUUCGAAGGCGCUUGCGUUUUCGUGCACAUGUGCAAAUUGAACGAUGACCGUCAAAAAUCACGUGACUGAAAAUCCUUUGUCGUGAAGAGGCGCAUAAAGCGUGCGUAUCACCUGUCCAAGUGCGUGGUGCAAACACAGUAAUGGCUUCUGGUCGCUGAAUUAGACAAUAAACUGUACUAUAAAAUUGUACCUUGAGAAUAAAGCAGGUGUGAGAGCAGCGAGGGAAUUAUUCAUUAAUUUAUCAUUAGUUAAGAUCUCUUGGAUGCAGUUUACUGAGGUGCCAUUCUUGAUCUUUUUUUUCUGAACUUUUCAACCACUUUUGAAUAUUUCAGUCAUUUAUACUGGAAACUUGUAGACGUGAAUUUUCUCGUGCAGGAUCUAAAAAUAAAAAUCACAAACGAAAUUUGCAGGAUAGCUGCACAUGUCAGUGUGACUGAUACGGAGGCUUCGGCUGAAAGUUGUCUAACGUAUUUAAUUGUUUGCGUAAAUGAGGAAAUUUUUAGCAGGCCUAUAUUUUACCCAUUUGCACCUGUCGGCUUGAGUGUUUAAUUGUUAAAACUUAGACAGCAAAUGUAGAUCGACCUUCGACUCAGUUACUCACAGAAACUGUACCCACUUCAUUGUAGAAAUAUCAGUAAUUGGUAGGCCUAUGAUAUCCCCUAAUGUUUGUUCUUUUUCGUGUAUUUGUAAUAUACAUUAAGACAAUUGCACAGCUUUCCUUUUCUGAAGGAUGGAACGUGACUCAUCGAAUUAGCGGAUGUUUCCUAAAUAAACAAUACUUUCUUGCA